AUGUCUUGUCCAGGACGUCUCGUGCGUGAGCGGCUAGACCCCAUCGUCUUUCCUGACGCGGUUUCUGCCCACGUCCACACCAUCUUUGGUGGAUCAGGCUUCGGUGCCUCCAUGGACUACGCUCAAGCUCGCUCCUCCGAUUGCUCUUCAUGUGAGAUCAAGGAGGAUCUGUCCAACUACUGGACCCCCCAGCUCUAUGUCCAUGCGAAGAAUGGAUUUUUCCUCCCCGUUCCUAUUGUCAAUUAUGGCAGCGAUAAUACUAGUGGUGGCAUGGCAGUCUAUUACUUGCAGCGCCACGAGAACUCACAGGCUUUCCCAGAGGGCUUUCGCAUGAUCGCUGGCGACUCAUUCAAGCGGAACAUGACAGGAGGUCUCAACGCCAAAGCCAUCACCUACUCCUGUUACGGUACCAAAUUCGAAGACGAGUGGGACGGCAACAAGCAACCCUUCGUCCUCUCCAACGGCGACGCAGCUGGCUACGGCAUGCACGGCGACUUCGUCAACGGCUGGGACGUCGACGUUCUGCAAAACGCUGCUACCCAUUGCAAUGCAAACAGCGGCAAAAUCUCAGACUGCGCAUACCUCACCACGUACACCAUAGCCAAGAACCACGCCUGUCGGCUUCCUCCGAUCGUGGACGUUGUGGUAGAUGGAUGGGUCGACGCCCUUCCCGGCUACAACCCCGUGACCUACGGCCCUGAGCCCGCUAAGCCAAUUCCUUGCGCCCAAAAAGCACUCUCACCUCCGAAGCAGGAGUUCGUCGACCUGACUAACUCCAAGCGAUGGGAGUACGUAGGCUGCGGCGUCGACAACUACUUCACACGCACCUUCACCGGCAAGACGACGGCGGGGGAUGACAUGACGGUCGAGAAGUGCGUCGACUUCUGCAACGCUGCGGGCUUCAGCUAUGCCGGCCUCGAGUACCGCCGGGAGUGCUAUUGCGAUAAUACACUGCCGGAGGACAAGGCGCCGAAGCAAGGGAUCAUGGGAUACUGUAUCCUGCAGUGUGCCGGCAACUCCAAAGAGUUCUGUGGUGGUGGCGCGGCGCUUUCGAUAUAUCGCAAAUGCACCGCUGCGGCCUGCCAGAACGCUGUGUUUGAUGUCGCUGCUCUUAAUAGGACGGCUCCAACUCCUAUUGUUGGCGGCUCGAUCGCUUCUAGAGUUCCGUCGUCUUAGUCGUCUUAGUCGAUGAUUACGAGGACGGCAGUGGGGUGACACCUUUUCUUGAUUGGGCGUGCUAUAUUUGAGAUAGGGGCCCUUAAACAAGAGGAAGCCGGGAUACGAGACCUCUUUAUCUUCUU